AUGGACGGGCAUGGACAGGCUGGCGCCUUCAACCUCAACCAAGAACAAUUACAGCAUCUACUGAAAAAUAUUUCUUCGGACGAGAAGGCAGAACUUGAAGCCAUCGUGAAGAAAUGCAGCGGCGAGAUACUGACCACCCGCGCUCUACCAUUUACUGCCGUAGUCCUAGGGUCGUUGGCCUUUGCACGAAGUCGCCUGCCACCACAAUACCACUUUGGGCCGAAGGGAUGGCCUUUCUACGUGGUGAUGGGAAUCGCAUCGUUCACGGGCGCCACUGUGCUGUCAGCCGGCAAAUGCCAAGAACAGACGCGGCCGAAGGUUGAGGAGUUGUGGCGAAAGUACCAAGACCGUACCCACGCAAAGACAUCCUACGAUGAAUUGAGACAGCAAAACCGCCGCGGCAUCGAUUAUGGGCAUCAGGCUGAACAACACGCGCCUCAAAUGAGGCAUGGUGAAGGUGUGCAGCGCCCCAUCUCUCCUUCGCAGCCCCAGGCUGCCCGACCGAUUCCCGGAUAUGGAAGCCAGCCAUACGGAUAUGGUGACGCGAGCGCAGGCGCCUACAUGUCGGGCACCCCUAGCGGCGAUUCGCUGGGCGCUGGUUCUGCCACCUACCCCUCAGCGAUGGCCGCCAGACUCGCCAAGGAGACCAACAAGACAAACCAAUAUGGAGAUGAAGGCUUCUCC